UGCGCACGAACACUUUCAGUUUGCCAUUGCCUUGCAGUGGGGAUGGAAGAGAGAGACAGAGAGAGAGAGGAGCAAACUUCCCCACUGGGCUGGAAAGUUGAAUGAAAGCGAGCGGCUGAUGGAUACAGUGUGGCGCAGAGGGACAGCCUGAUACAUUUCAGGAAACUGACACACUGUAUCCAGCUGGCGGCGGCGGUGGGUCGGGGGGGAUUCCCCCCGGUCCUCCCUCCUGCAACAUGGGCGGUUGUAGCAAGGCAGAAGUUUACCAAAAGUUCCUGGCUUACCACCAGAAGGAUUUCAUCGCCGGUAGCCUGUCUCCCUGCACCGGGGCUGAACAGCUCCGCCGAGGCAGGGAGUUCCUCGAUUCGGUGUCCGCUCCGUGCCAGCGCUUCCAGCAGCUGGAUUUCUACCGCCUGGCCCAGGAGUUUGUUGAAGCCAGGGGCGGAGAGGGGAUGAGGGAGCAGCCUCUCGGGGCCCUGGGUAAAGCCUUUGAGCUGCUAGAGCUGAUCUCCAUCAACCUGUAUCUGUGGCCCUGGAGAAAGGAGAUCAAGUCGAUCAAGACUUUCACAGGAGCCUUUGUCUACUUCAUUGAGCCGGUUUUUCCUCCCGAGGUCCUUCCAGGGGUCUUGGUGAAUUUGGGUUACACUCAGAAAGGAACCAGUGAAUAUGUGAUCUCCAAGCAGGUCAGCAAAGAAGACAUUGGCCAACAUGGGUUUGAAUGUUUCUUAGCCAGGGCUGAGUGUGAGCUGAUGCAGGAGACUCUGGAGCAAGCCAUGCACGGUAGCUGUCAAGACAUUGUGCAGAUGAGAUCUUGCAUGUCUCUCAAUCAGGCCGACUGCAUCAAACACUUGAUCGCAAUGAAAACUGGAUCUAGAAAUCUCAGUGAAUGGUCCGCUCCAGCGAAUGAGGGGCCCACAAAGUCAGCCCUGAGUUGUGAGGGAGGCCUUGAUGAGUCUGAGCUGCCCAGCUCACCCUUGCCACACUCUGCCAACCACCAGGGAACCCUCGGGCUGCAGGUAGGAGCACUCGAGGAUAGAGAGUCGGACACCACCAACGAUCCAUUGUCCACCUCCAUGAUGUUUCCACCAGACAGCAUUGACCUGUAUCGCGACUACACCGAUAUUGCCAUCACCGGCAACUUGGGCUACACACACUCUCAGAGGCUGCUCGACACUGCCAGUCCCAGCGGGGCGACGGGGCAGUGUGACUCUCUGCUGGUCCUGGACCAGUCCAUGGUGCAAAGGGCACUAUCGGAAUCUCACAUCAAAUUGUCUCCGGGUCAAACUGGACCCCAGUCCUUGAGCUUUAUCCCCAAAUCAACUCUGAUUGCGUCUCCAUCGGAUAGUAAGAACCUGAAGAUUAGAGACAGGGCAGAUUUCGGUACAGGAGACACAAAAGCCUCCUUGAAACAUGGUGGUGUACUGGAUGCCACCAGCCAGCUCUAUCCAGAGGGCAAACCAUUAGAGAAAAACUAUCAGAAGUUAGACAGCACCUCAUCUGUGAAAUAUGGCAAGUUCCUGAAUGGGAAUUCCACCAGCCGGAAAAAGGAAAGUGAACCCCCUGUGGAGAUUGAGCUGAAGCAUAUAGAUAAGGAGAAACUGCCCUACCCGACAGCUGAGACUUCUGGGCCUGCCCAAUUUCACCCCACGAGACCUCUCCGAGCCUCGGAGGCCCAGUGUGUGGGUUUGAGCCAGGCUGAUCCAAUAGGAGGGCAGCAACUUCGACAGACUCACGUAGCCGACCAGCUUGCAACCUGUCGGAUUCCCAGCAUUACUAGGUGCUGUGUGUGCUCCCCUCUGGACAUUCCCAGGAAACAUCAGCUGGCGGACCCCUCUGAGCUCAUGGGCAACAUGCUGCAGGAUGGAGGGGGCCAAAUUGUUCGAGAGCCCCCCCAGUCUUUCUACAUCCCACCUGACAGCCUGGAGGCUGGACCACCCGCAGCCAUAUCCUGUGAUAUCUCCGGGUGUCGGAUGUGUCCUCACUGCAGCUCGGAGCUGUCUGCGAAUCAGCGCCAAGCCGUGUCCAAGGAUUGCCUUGAAACCCAGGAGCUGUUGAUUGGAGAAAGCCCUGACCCUUAUGUCUGCGUGAGCAAGUUGCCAGAGGGGAGUGUCAGCCUCGUUGAUGACAGGGCAGCGAGGUGUAGUCACUGCAGAGGUGAGGAAGGCCUUUAAAUGUUGGCUUUCAGAGGGGGCCAUGCUUGGUGCUUGAGCUGACAACUGAGCCAAACUGACCAGCCAUGUCUCGGAGUGUCCUGAGCCAGCUAGUCAUAGUCUGCUUAAUUGCCAAGAUGCUCUCAUUGCUGCCUCUCCCUCAGUCCCCAGGGCAGGGAGGGGAAAAUCAACCAGGGCUGCCUCUCCCCAGCAAAGUGGCCGAGUGCCUGGAUGUGGUUAUUUACUGGAGCUGCCGAAAGGCAAGUUGUCUUCUGGUCUUUUCCAAGAGGAGUGACUACUUGAGUGAAGCCCAAAGAGUGUUUGGAAGCCCCUGCAGAUUCAACACCAUCAGGAGCAAUGGGGAGUGAACAAUGACAACAAACUCAUCCAGAUAUGAAAACUGAUUGCUGCCACCUAUUGCAGCGGGUAUACCUUGCCAUUUGGACUAUUUCUGCCAAGAAACCGUCUGCCCCAGUGAUCCCUGGGAUCAGUUUGUGCUGGCAAGACCACCUUCAUUUUUAUCCAGAAACCCAAAGUGAAUGCUACAUCUACCUUGAAGAGAGCGCAAAGGACAAUCCAUUCAGUGAUGAGCCUAAACCUUUUGUUUUUAAUUGGUUCUUGAGAUGUGGGUGUCACUGAAAAGUCUACCUUUAUACCCAUCCCAUCCCUGGAUACCCCCGAGAAGGAUUGACAGUGAGAUACCCUCUUUUCUCCCAGUGAAGAGAGUCCUGUCUCAGCCGUUUCAGAUGACAGUUAGGCCUCAGCCAUAUUGAAAUGGGACUGGAGUCACCUAUAGGUACGGACUGGGUAAACACAGCAGGUUUCCGCCUUUUGAACAACAUGUAAAGAACCCAACAGGUCUGUUCAACAAAACAACAACUUUACAGCUGCUUUAGCUGAAACCAGCUCUUUACUUCUGGACAGUUAUUGAAGUGCUGAAUUAAACUUCUCAACUUAGCAAAGAAUAUUCCAGCUCUCACUCUGUAGGCUACAAGCCAUGAACUAGACCACUAGGCCCCUGGAAAUGGGCAAUGGGUCACUGAUGACAACAGGAUUAGAGUCACAUAAUAAAACAAAGAAUUGCGGACUCUGGAAAUCUGAAACACAAAUGGAAAUUGCUGGAGAAACUCAACAGGUCUGACAGCAUCCGUGGAGAGAAAGCAGUGUUAACAUUUCGGGUCCAGUAACCCUUCUUCAGAACUGAUCAGAACUGAAAGGUUAGAGCCGUACCUGGCACAAAGGAAGACACUGAUGUUUAUUGGAGGUCAGUCAUCCCAGCUCCAGGACAUCUCUGUAGGAGUUCCUCAGGAUAGUGUCCUAGGCCCAACCAUCUUCAGCUGCUUCAUUAAUGACCUUCCCUUCAUUGGUUACAGUGACAAGAAACUGAACUGGACCAGCCAUUUAAAUAUAGCAGCUACAAGAAUAAGCCAAAGGCUAGGAAUCUUAGUCAGUAACUCACCUCUUGACUCCUCAAAGCCUGUCCACCACCUACGAGGCACAAGUCAGGAGUGUGAUGGAAUACUCCCCAGUUGCCUGGAUGGGUGCAGCUCCAAUAACACUCGAAGCACACUGCCACUUGAUUGGCAUCCCAUCCACCACCUUCAUCAUCCACUGCCUUCACCACUAAUCUACUCUGGCAGUACUGUGGAUCAUCUGUAAUCUGCACUGCUCACCAAGCCUCCCUUGACAGCACCUUCAAAAUCCAUAGGAACACUGCCAUUAAAAGCUCCCAUCAAAUCUAAAUGCACCCAGACUUGGAAAUAUAUCGCCAUUCCUCCAGUGUCCCUGGGUCACAAUCCUGAAAUUUCUUCUCUAAAGGCAUUGUGGAUCAACUUACAGCACGUGGAUUCCAGUGGUUCAAGAUGGCAGCUCACCACCGCCUUCUCAAGGGGCAACUAGGGACGGGCAAUAAAUGCUGGCCCAUCUAGUGGUGCCCAUAUCCUGUAAUGAAUUAAAAAAUACCCUUUUUUUUCUAGCCCAAGAGUUGCGAGGGGUUUGAGGGAGGGAUAGACAAGAACUAACAUGAAGCUGACUACCAUUGAGCUCCUACCAUGUUGCCCCAAAAGAUUGGAGUGUAGGUCAGGGUUGACCAUAAUCCUGCAGGGCUAUUUCCAUGAUCCAUGUUACCAUCUGAUCAACACAUAAAGAUAUGCAUUAGGAGUAGGCCAUUCAGCCCCUCAAGCUUGCUUCACCAUUCAGUAAUCUUGUGGCUAAUCUGAUUGCAACCUCAAAUCCAUAUUCCCACUUGCCCCGACGAGCUUUCAACCACUUCCUUAUCAAGAAUCUGCCCACUUCUGCCUUAAAAAUAUUCAAGGACUCUGCUUCCGCUGCCUUUUCAGGAAGAGCGCUCCAAAACCUCUCCACAUCCCUCCUGGGAGAGAAAAGAAUUGCUUGCUGCCUGUUUUAAAGAUGUGACCCCCUGAUUUUUAAACAGUCCCUCCUCCGUUCUGGAUUUCCCCCCAUAGGAAGAAACAUCCUCUCAAUGUCCAAGACCCCUCAGAAACUUGUCGGUUUCAGUCAAGUAACCUCUUACUGUUCUAAACCCCAGUGGAUACAAACUCAGUCCGUCCAACCUUUCUUCAUAAGACAACCCACCCAUUCCAGCUAUCGGCCUGGUUAGCCUUCUCUAAACUACCUCCAAUACAUUUACAAGCUUUCUUAAAAUAAGGAGACCAGUACUGUACACAAUAGUCCUGAUGUGGUCUCACCAGUGCCCUCUAUAAUUGAAGUAUAACCUUCCUACUUUGAUAUUGAAUUCCUCUAAUAAUAAAUGAUAGUAUUCGAUUAACUUUCCUCAGUAGUUGCUGUUCUUACAUGCUCACCUUUUGCAGUUCACACAUGGAUACACCCAAAUCUCUGAGCUCUACAAUCUCUCACCAUUAAAAUAAUGUGCUUUUGUUUUUUCCUUCCUGCCAAAACGGAUGAUUUCACAUCCUCACACAUUAUACUCAUUUUGGUACAUCUUUCCCCAUUUACUUAACCUGUACAUCUUUUUGUAACCGUGUGUCCUUUUCACAAUUUACUUUCCUUCCUGGCUUUGUGUCAUUGUCAAAUUUGCCAACCAUACCUUACAUCCCUUCAUCUGAGCCAAUUUUUGUCGAUAGUAAACCACUGAGGUCCCAGCAGCGUUCCCUAUGGCACAUUAAAUUUUGCCAACCUGAAAAGACCCAUUUAUUCCUACUCUGUACUCUGUUAGCAAGCCAAUCUUCUAUCCAUGGCAAUUUGUUACCCCCCACGCCUUGACCUUUUAUUUUCCUCAAUAACUUUGCACCUUAUCAAAUGCCUUGUGGAAGUCUAAGUACAGUACAUCUAUUGUUUCCCUUUAUCAACAUCACAUGUUACCCCUCAAAUAAUUCCAUUAUAUCAAUUAAACAUGAUUUCCCUUUCACAAAACCAUGUUGACUCUGCCUGAUCACUUUAAAAUUAUCCAAGUGCCCAGGUGUAACUUCAUUGAUAAAAGCUUCUAAUAUUUUUCUUAUGACCGAUGUUAAGCAAACUAACCUGUUUCUGAUGAAGGGUCUAGGCCCGAAACGUCAGCCUUCCUGCUCCUCUGAUGCUGCUUCGCCUGCUGUGUUCAUCCAGCUCUGCACCUUGUUAAUCUGUUGCUUCCGGCUUUCUGUCUCUCUUUUUGAAGAAACAAAUUAUAUUCACUAUUUUCCAAUGCAAUGGGACCAUCCCUGAAUCAAGAAACAUUUGGAAAAUUGAAACUUAUACAUCACUUUUCUGACCAGACACUUUCUCCAAAAGCCUAGGAUGUAGUCUGUCAGGAUCCAGGGACUUGUCAAACUCCAUCCAACAAUUUACUCAGCCCCAUUUCUCUGGUGAUUGUAAUUUUCCUUAGUUCCUGACUUCCUUCCAUAUCUUGAUUUAUUGCUGCUUCUGAGUUGUUACAUGUAUCCUGUGUUGUGAAGACUGAUACAAAAUAUCUGUUCAGUUAACCUGCCAUUUCCUUAUUUUCCUUUAUUAGUUCUCCAGUCUGACUUUCUCCAGGACCGGCAUUCACUUGGUUAGUUCUUUUCUCUUACCAUCUUUUUUUUUAUUUAUGACUAGCUAUCGCUCACACUCUAAUUUUUCCCUCUUUAUUAACAUUUUACUCAUUCUUUACCUUUUUUAAAAUUAAUAUUCUAUCCAAUCUUCUGACCUGCCACCCAUCUUCACAGAGAUUAUACAAUUAUAUGCUCUUCUUUUAAGUGUGGUACUAUUUUUAACAUUUCCCAUUAACUAUGGAUGGUGGGUCCAUCACUUUCAAAUGUAUGUACUCAGUUUUCUGAAUAUAUCUGAAAUAUUCUGAUAAAUCCCUGAAAUAUCAGUCACUGAAUUUGAGUUGACUGGUCCUUUAACCUCAUUUGCCAAUUGACUUUCACCAGCUCAGCUUUUAUCCUUUCAUAAUUGCCCUUAUUUAAAUGUUAAAAAUAGUCUCAGACCCACUCUUCUCUCCCUCCAGAUGAAUUCAAAAUUCAAAUAUAUUAUGGUUGUUGCUACCGAGGGGUGUCUUCUCUAUGAGAUCCUAUCUCAUUACAUAAUCUAGAGAGGCCUGCUCCCUGGCCUGCUCCAGAACAUGUCAUAAAGUCAUACAGCACAGACUCUUUGAUCCAACCAGUCCAUGCCGAAUGUAAUCCCAAACUAAACUAGUCCCAUCCUGCCUGCUCCUGGCCCAUA